AUGAAGUCUUUAGAUACUGUGCCAUUGGAAAAUGAAAAGUUAAAAGACAGAAGUGAAGAGAUAUCAAUCUCGAAUAACUCCACUGAAGCUUCACAGCCGUAUAGACUCUCAAUCCCAAAAUGUGCUAAAUUUUAUGGGACUGAUAUUUCCAACGGUUUGACCAAAGCAAAGGCAGCUGAACUCCUUGCAGUGUAUGGUGCAAACUCACUUGGUGAUGGUGGAAAGAUCUCUUUCACUGCAAUUAUUGCACACCAAGUGUUUAACGCUAUGAUCUUAGUGUUAAUCAUUUCGAUGGUUAUCGCUUUAGCCAUUAAAGAUUGGAUUUCUGGAGGUGUUAUCGCCGGUGUGGUAUUCAUCAACAUCGGUGUGGGUUUCAUUCAAGAGUAUAAAGCAGAAAAAACAAUGGGAUCUUUAAGAUCUUUGAGCUCGCCCACCGCUAGAGUCACAAGAGAUGGUGACGAUUCUACUAUCCCGGCCGAGGAAGUUGUUCCUGGAGAUUUGGUUCACAUCAAUGUUGGCGAUACAGUACCUGCUGAUUUGAGAUUAGUUGAUUGUAUGAAUUUGGAAACAGACGAAGCAUUAUUGACUGGUGAGUCCUUGCCAGUAGCUAAAAACCAUGAAGAAUAUUAUCCAGAUCUCGAGAAACCUGUCCCAGUGGGUGACCGCUUAAAUUUAGCUUAUAGUAGUUCAGUGGUUUCCAAGGGUAGAGGUACUGGGAUCGUUAUUGCGACUAGUUUGAACACGGAAAUUGGAAAGAUUGCCAGCUCGUUGAGAGGUGAUGACUCUAUCAUUAGAAAAGUUAAUAAAAUCGAUAACGAGAAACCUAAAAAGAUGGAGUAUGGAAGAGCAUUCUUUGGAACUAUUAAAGAUAUCUUCUUGAACGUAUUGGGAGUAAGUGUUGGUACGCCUUUACAAAAGAAAUUAUCCUGGUUAGCCAUCUUCUUGUUCGGGGUUGCAGUUAUCUUUGCGAUCGUCGUAAUGGCUUCACAAAAAUUUAGAGUAAACAGAGAGGUUGCUAUCUACGCAAUUUGUGUAGCAUUGUCGAUGAUUCCAUCUUCAUUGAUUGUUGUGUUGACCAUCACUAUGGCUGUUGGUGCUCAAGUUAUGGUUACAAAGAAUGUAAUUGUUAGAAAAUUGGAUUCUUUGGAGGCUUUGGGUGGUAUCAAUGAUAUCUGCUCUGACAAGACCGGUACUUUAACUCAAGGUAAGAUGAUUGCCAAAAGAGUCUGGAUCCCAACCAGUGGUACCUAUACUAUUGAAAAUUCAAAUGAACCAUUUAAUCCAACUCUCGGUGACUUAGGAUUUGCUCCGUACUCACCUGGUUAUAUCCGUGAUACCGAUGAAGAAGUCGAUUUUUCAUUCAAUAUUGAUAGCUCAUCUUACCCAAGUAAUUUUUACAAAUGGAUGUAUUGUGCUACUUUGGCCAAUAUUGCAACUGUAAACCAAGCUACUGAUGAAGAGACUGGUGAAAUGGUUUGGAAAGCACAUGGAGAUGCAACAGAAAUCGCUAUUCAAGUCUUCACUACUAGACAAAAUUUGAGUAGAGAAUCCAUAGCACAUGACUACGAUCAUUUAGCUGAAUUUCCUUUUGACUCUUCGAUUAAGAGAAUGUCUGCAAUUUAUAAGGAAUUGGGCGCUAAAGGUAAGGCAGCAGUUUAUACGAAGGGAGCUGUGGAAAGAGUUCUAGCCUGUUGUACGCGGUGGUACGGAGAUGAGGUUCAAUCUGAUAGCCAACACCCUGUGGAAUUGACUGAAGAACACAAGUUGUUAAUUGAAGACAAUAUGAAUGCUUUGUCUGAUCAAGGUUUGAGAGUUUUGGCUUUUGCUACUAGAGAAUUCAAUGAUAAUACUGAAAGUUUGGAAGACAGAGAAAGUACUGAAACUGAUUUGACCUUUUUGGGUUUGAUUGGAAUCUAUGAUCCCCCUAGAAUUGAAACUGCCGACUCUGUCAAGAAGUGUCACAGAGCAGGUAUUAAUGUUCACAUGUUAACUGGUGAUCAUCCCGGUACAGCUAAGGCAAUUGCGCAGGAAGUUGGUAUCUUACCACAUAACCUUUUUCAUUAUAGUAAGGACGUUGUAGCAGCAAUGAUGAUGACAGCAACACAAUUUGACUCUUUAACUGACCAAGAAAUUGAUGACUUACCAGUCUUGCCUUUGGUUAUUGCAAGGUGUGCACCUCAGACAAAGGUUCGUAUGAUUGAUGCAUUGCAUCGUAGAAACAAAUUUGUUGCAAUGACAGGUGACGGUGUCAAUGAUUCACCAUCAUUAAAAAAGGCAGAUGUUGGUAUUGCUAUGGGAUUAAAUGGCUCUGAUGUUGCUAAAGACGCUUCUGAUAUUGUUUUGACUGAUGAUAACUUUGCUUCCAUUUUGAAUGCAAUUGAGGAAGGUCGUAGAAUGUCAUCCAAUAUUCAAAAGUUCGUUUUGCAAUUAUUGGCUGAAAACGUUUGUCAAGCUUUAUUUUUAAUGAUUGGUUUAGCAUUUCAAGAUAAAUCAGGGUAUUCAAUUUUUCCCUUAUCGCCUGUUGAAGUGUUAUGGGUUAUUGUAGUUACAUCAUGCUUUCCGGCUAUGGGUUUAGGUCAAGAAAAGGCCCUGGAUGAAGUUUUAACAGAGCCUCCAAAUAAUGAAAUUUUCACUUGGGAAGUGAUUACUGAUAUGAUUGUUUACGGUCUUAUCAUGACAGUUAGUUGUCUCUGUUGUUUCAUUGUUGUUGUCUUUGGAGUAGGAGAUGGCAAUUUGGGAGAAAAUUGUAAUGCAAGUGCAAGUCAGGCAUGUAACCUUAUAUUUAGAGGAAGAUCUGCAGCCUUCUUAACAAUGACUUGGUGUGCCUUGUUGCUUGCCUGGGAAUGUAUUCACCCAAUCAAUUCUUUAUUUUUCAUGAGACCAGAACUGGAAAAUUCCUGGUACAAGCAAACUUGGAUUGAUUUAUGGGGCAAUAAGUUUUUAUUUUGGUCAAUCCUUGGUGGAUUUCUUUCUGGGUUCCCAGUUAUUUAUAUCCCUGUCAUUAAUACAAAGGUUUUCUUACAUGGAAUUAUUGGAUGGGAAGUUGGAUUAGCUAUUGGAUUUUCGCUUUUAUUCUUGUUAGGAGCUGAAGCUUAUAAAUGGUUUAAACGUGUUUACAAAAGAAGACACGCCAAAAAAGCUGACAAUGUUGAGUAUGAAUUGGAAAGAGACGAUCCUUUCAAGAAGUACGCUUCAUUCUCAAGAAGCAAUACAAUGGAUAUGCAAAAAGUUAUCGUUUGA